GGUGACCAAAUAUUUAUAUGGAGGAAUAGGUGGUUUGUGCACGCCGACAAAUUUGAACCUACUCCACAGCCACACAGACCAGCUCGAGACAGGCCCAAGCAAUGUGGCUGUACGGGGUAGGUAUUGCGCCAAUAAUGCGGCUGUGCUGCAUCUCAAUGCAGCCGACACAGCUCAACCUCACUUGUGUCGACACAGGACCACCGAAGCUGCUCUAGCAGUGUUGUACGCCAAUAUGGCGCGAAUACCACUUGCCAUUUUCCUGUUGGCCAUUCUAGUCACCGUAGCUAACGCAUCGGUCCCUUCCUUCUGCAAGUGCACCUGCUUCCAAAACAGCACCAUCAUCCCCCUCGGCCCGCAGCACGACGGUAACAAUAAUCCGGCUGCCCCACCUCCUAAACCUCCAUCCUCCUCCUCGUCCACGUCACCGUCCUCGUCCUCAAGCAGCAGCUCGCCCUCCUCCGAAUCAGCAACUAUCGCUUCCCAACCGCGCUCCGGCCCCCUCCAUUUCCUGUUGUCCCGCGAAUCCUCGACCUCCUGCGCACAAUGCAACCGCGCCUUCUGCCAGAAAUACAAUCUGCCCAUCUGCAAGGGCGCCGAGGACAAGGACAUCAAGACCAUGUGCUUCCAGCGGGACAGCCGUAAGGACCAGAUCAUUGUGUGGAGUUUUAUCUUGGGGACCGCAGGCCUGCUGGGCUGGGCUGGGGUGAGGAGGGUCGCGGAUUCUGCUAAGGAGCGGCAGAGGGCGAUGAGCCUUGGACAAGGCGCUGCUAGUGGAGGGAGGCUUGGAGCUGGGAUUGGGGGGCUUCUGUUAGGUGGUACUGCUGGAAGCAAUAAUCGGCGGGGUUCACGAUUGUCAAGAAGAGCUGGAUCUGGAGGAGGAGGAGUGGAGAGAAGGUUGUAUGAUCCUUUGGACGAUGGGCACGAUGGGCGUGGUCCCCAGAGGCCUGGGUAGAGUUGGCGCUGUGUGCUUUUGCAUGGCGUUAUCGGAAGGGCUAUCGUAUGGGGUUAGCUCCUGUUUGAACAUUGCAUGGACUCCGAGUCGCGUUUCAGCAUUCAAGUGGCACACGUAGAACCCGGUG